GGCAGCACCAGAGUCCUUGUAGAAAAGACUAAAGAGGCCUUUCUGCUGCAAAUGGCAGUAGAUACUCGUAAAGCCGAAAUAUUGAAACUCCAUGACAGAGCAGCAGAAAAGUCAGAGGCCCUGCGGGUGGCCGAAAAUAUGAUAUCAAAAAGCGCACAAAAAUUUGAUGAGUUUCUGAGGAGCAGCGAUGCCGCUGCUCACGAAGCAAUACACAAAGCGGACGAAGCAGCGCGGGUUGCGCAAGAAAAAGCAGCCGCUGUCCAGCAGCUGCGUCAGAAACUAGAGUCUGCGAAAGCUCGUGCCGCUUCAAACAGCGAAAAAGUAGAGGAAUACUCCAGAUACAGAGCCUUUCUGGAGCACAUCACUCCACACGAUUGGCUAAAAGACCAAGAGGGGAAGUCAAGGGAGAGCGUGCAAAAGCUAAAACAGCAGUGGGUGCAGGCGCAGCUGCAGCAGCAGCAGCUACAGUAUGCAACAGAUCUGGAAGGGAUUGACAGCGAGCUGAAGGAAAAACUGAAGGAGUUGGAAAAGAAGCCACGAGACUCCAAAGCCAACGCUGCUCUCCGAAAGGACAUGGAAGAGAAGGCUGAGAAGAGGAAACGGCAAUUAACCGGAAAACUAAAAUCGGUAGCGGAGCUUGAGGAGUUGUUUGAGUCGGAAAAGCUGGCACUCACGGGCUCCCACCUUUACUUUCAAGAUCCCCAAGAGCCCCUUCGCCUAUUUAGAGAGCUGGAGGAGGAAAAUCUCUUUUUGAUUCAAACUGCCCACGAACAUGCUAUUGUGAGGGUGACAAGACGCAGCACGCAAUACCUCAAAGAGCUGGAAGCAAUGGAGAAACGAUUCGCCGGUACGCGAGCAGAGAUGAACGCUCGACUGGAAGGACUAGAGGCGGUGAUUACAGAGCUACAGGAGCAACUCAAGCAGCAGCAUCGAACGUGCAAGCAAUACCGAGAAGUGCUGGCCUUGCAGGAGCAAGAGUCGGAUGUGUUUGUAUCUCUGCAAAAGUUGACUGCCCACGUCGCUGCAAUACAUGCUGCAUGCAAUUUCGACACUUUAUGUUCAGACCUGGUUUGCUGCCCUGUGCAAUCAGAGGAAGGAUCGGUUGACUGCUUGCGCAUGCUAGAGCAGAUCGAAGCCAGGCUUGACUCGCAUCUCGCAGCUCUCGCUAAGCACGAAGUUGGUUCACCACCUGGAAAAGGUCAAGGAAAAGCAACGACGCGAGAAAGCCCGUCAAGAAAAGUUAGCUCAACAGCAUUUAAAGAAUGA